UCGGUAUCCCCAAGAUCCAGAGUGUGAAUCUCCACAUAUUUUCAAGCUAUUGUGUCAAUUCCAGCCAUGACCACGUCCCGUAUUGUGGAGCUAGCUCGCAUAAUUGAGAAACAUACUUCAACCAUUGAUGCAGCUCUCACGGCCAGAGGUCUGCCCACCCCUUCCUUUGACCACAGCGCCUCUGUUGUCCUCCCACCCGACCUGACUCCCUCCUACGAUGCCGUCCUCGACGCCACUCAGGAGCUGCAUGACCUGCUUCUUUCACCCAUGGAUAUUAUCCAACGCAAGAGCUGUUACAACAACAUGGCAGGCAUGAAAGCGAUCUCUCAGUACAACAUUGCUAAUUGCUUCGUCCCUGGUGAGACAGUGAGCUACGAAAAGCUGUCUGAAUCUUGCGGUCUGGCAGUGAAGCCGCUGAAACACUUGCUUCGUCAUGCCAUGACACUGAGGAUCUUUACUGAGCCGACGAAGGGCAUGGUGGCGCAUACUGCGGCUUCCAAGCUUAUGCGAGAUCCUAAUUGUAUGGCAUGGUUGGAAACGGCAACUCAUGAUCUUUGGCCAUCUUGUGUUAAGCUCGUGGAUGGCCUUGUCGAAUGGCCGAAUUCGGAGGAACCACAGCAUUCGGGCUGGAAUCUAGCGCACAAUCUGAAAGAGCCGCUCUACGAAAGGCUCGCCAUGGACUCGAAACUUGCAGCACGCUUUGGGGCAUCCAUGUCCGCCAUGGGCUCCAACAAUCCCGCUCUGGCUAUCAGCCAUAUUGAACGAAGCCAUGAUUGGGAGUCUCUCGGAAACGGGCUUGUCGUAGAUGUUGGUGGUUCUCACGGCGCGGUGGCGGUUGAACUUGCAUCCAAACAUAAGAAUUUGCGUUUCAUCUCUCAGGAUCUUGAGGCAACAAUUGACAGUGCGCCACCUCUGCCCGAUACUGUAGCGGAUAGGGUAAAGCUCAUGGUUCAUGAUUUCUUCACUCCCCAACCUGUUGAGGCAGAUGCCUACAUCUUUCGCUGGAUUUUCCACAAUUGGUCCGACAAGUACGCGGCGCAGAUUCUGCAGGCUUUGAUUCCUGCAUUGAAGCCCGGAGCAAGGAUCCUUGUGCAAGACGGCGUAUUGCCUGAGCCUAGACAAAUCCCAAGUUGGAGGGAGAAAGACAUCAGGGACAUGGACCUCAGUAUGAACGUCUUAUUCAACGCAUGGGAAAGGGAUGUGGAUGAGUGGAAAGAACUUUUCCGCAGAGCGGAUGGGAGAUUCCGAUUCAUUGGUGUUACGCAGCCGCAGGGCUCCGCACUCGCUCUCAUCGAAGCGCGUUGGUCUGGAGGGGAUCCGGAAGAACUGGUCUAGAUCUCCGCCACGAUGUAGAUUGGAUGCGAGUAGAUGCUGUGACUACGUCGUUUAAUUCGCAACGAGUGUGCGAUUGGACUCCUGGGUUACGCACCUAUCGUCACACGUACCCUGAGUUAGGUGCACCGUGCAACAAUCAGCAAUACAUGCGCUGAAGAGCGGUGUGGAUAUACGGUUGCCUUAGAUAAAG